UAACAAUAAGGACACGUUACUGCCGGUGCACUGAACGCUCAUAAUAAUAUUUGCAGGACCUCAUGACGAAGAGCAAGCAGCGGUAUCGGUGGCGUCUGCUGGCCUGCGGCAUCGUCAUUAUAAUUGUGCUGGCCCUGGUGAUCGCGGCGGCGAUCCUUCUGACCGGCAGCCCGGAUUCCACCGCGUCUCGAACGAACGGCGCACCCGGCAUUUCCCUGGAGGAAUGGCUCUCCGGUUCGUUAUCCCCCAAGAGCUUCAACGGCACGUGGAUCAGCGGAGACGAGAUCCUCUACCGUGACGAGAUAGGAAAUUUGUUGAUCUACAAUGUCAGCUCGGCCGCAUCCAAGAUCCUGUUGGACUUCAGCAAUCCCGAUUUGCUGUCGAGCUUCGACCACCAGUUGUCCGCCGACAGGAAGUAUCUGCUGCUCGCUCUCAACUACCAAAAGCUGUACCGCCAUACGUACCUGGCCCAUUACAGGAUCGUGAACCUGGACACUCUGCUGGAGACGGUAUUGGCGGCAAACGAGUCGACGCCGCUGCAGCUCGCGACUUGGGCACCGCGCGGCAACGCCCUGAUCUACGUUCACCAGAACAACAUCUACUACAGGCCGGAGGCGGAGGUGGCCAAUGACUAUCAGAUAACCAACACGGGGGUGUUCGGUACUAUUUACAAUGGCGUGCCCGAUUGGGUGUACGAGGAGGAAGUGUUCAGCUCGAACAAGGCGCUCUGGUUCUCUCCGAGCGGCACUAAACUGGUCUUCGGCUAUUUCGACGACUCGAGCACCCCUAUUAUGACCAUACCGUUUUACGGGUAUCCCGGAAGCUUAACUUUCCAAUACACGUCGGCGAUACCGAUCCACUACCCCAAGGUAAGUACAAGGCUAUCGUACUGCAUUUAUCGAGAGGAAAUAUUCUCUUUUCGUUGCAGAUACUACCUGGCCACUUCGGAGCGCGAGUCGGCGGUUCAGCACUUGUACAGAGUGUCGCUGCUGGACCCGGGGCGCAAGUCGGCGUGCUUGACUUGUAACGUUGUCAGAGAGAGGGACGGCAGCCGUUGUUUGUACAACAGCGCUAAAUUCUCCACCGACAAUUCGCACUACGUGCUCACUUGUGCCGGGCCCGGAGUACCCGAUAUAGCCAUCUACAAUAAGAAUACCACGUUGCUCUCCGUGUGGGAGGACAACAGCGUGGUGACUGACAUAAUAAUGGAGAAGUCGCAGCCGAUCGUCCAUAGAUACAAAGUCUCAGUUCCAGGCGGCUUUAACGCCCAAGUGAGGCUCCUGAUACCACCCGGCGCUGACUUGAGCGGUGCCGCCAAGUAUCCCAUGCUGGUUUACGUAUACGGCGGCCCGGACUCGUAUCAGGUGACGGAGAAAUUUAACGUCGAUUGGGGCACGUAUCUUGUAACAAACAAAAGCAUCAUAUACGCCGCCAUCGACGGUCGCGGUUCCGGAUUGAUGGGUAACGACAUGCUGUUCGCCGGCUACCGGCACCUCGGCACCGUCGAAAUUACCGAUCAGAUUAACGUCACCAGGCAUCUGCAGGACAAAUUGCCCUUCAUUGACCGUACGAGAACGGCGAUAUGGGGCUGGAGUUAUGGUGGAUACGCGACCGGCAUGACGCUCGCCAUGGACUUAAAGGGCGUCUUCAAGUGCGGCAUGUCAGUCGCGCCAGUUACGGACUGGGCCCUUUACGAUUCGAUUUAUACCGAGCGAUUCAUGGGUCUGCCGACCGUUGCCGACAAUCUGCAGGGCUACGAGCAAGGUCAGCUGCUCAACAAGGUCGAGAAUAUCAAGAAUAAGAUGUACUACUUGAUUCACGGCACUCUGGACGAUAACGUGCACUAUCAGCAGUCGCUUAUGCUCGCGAAGGUGUUGGAGCAGAAAGACAUCCUCUUUAGACAACAGACGUACACGGACGAGGACCACGGUAUCGUCCAGUCGCGAGCGCAUCUGUACCACUCGCUGGAGAACUUCCUGGACGAAUGCUUCCAGACGUCAUCAUGAUCGGAGCACGGGAUAGUGAUGACAAUCUAAGACGCUGUACACCACCUGCCUCACACUUGUAAAUACUUCGUCACGUGUACAUAGUUUGUGUACGAUAUGUAAUAUGAGCGUUUAGAGAAUGUACAUAGCGGUGCGGGAUUGUCGAAGAGCGAUGGGAGAGACAGAGAGAAAGAGAGCGAGCGUGAAGUACGAAAAGAGAAAAAGAUAGAAUAAUUAAUUAGGCACCAGCGUCGUCGCGAAAUUACGCGGAGCAGGACUGUAAAAAAAAAACAACAUGUUUGAUACGUUUUUUAAAGUACCCGAUCAAACGGUGCGUCGAAGGCCUAAUGACGGCGCGAGCCCCGUCGUCUCGCCGUUCAGACCUCACUAGAGUGUAUUCCGUAUCGUUGCAGCUCGUACUUACAUUUUCAGCCCGCAGGCAUCGUUUAAACGUUGUUCGGCACGCGUUAAAAUCCUCGGAUAAUCGCACGAACCAGUCGACUUGACGUCCAGUUGGAACAGCGAGAGUAUGAGGCGCGGUCUUUCACGAGACGAUUUUCAUUUAAUGAGUUCACGGCGUUGUUUAACGAAAUUUUCAAUUGCCAGCUACGACGAUGUGAGUCUAUUAGCUCACCAAUUAAUUACUCGGUAAUCUACGUGUCGAACUUGUCUCUUAGCAUUUCCUGAGACGAGAAGAAGGACAUUUGUUUCGUCCUGAAGUAAAGUAAUUAAUUGUCCCAGCGAUAAUUUCACCGUCUGUGAAAUAACAUGUUCCAUAUGUAUAUUAGAUUUAUUCAGUGGAAAUCAGAAUAUUUUUCUGUUACGAUCGCGCGCCUUUCUGAUAAGACAUUAUGUUGACAUAUCAGAUAUUCACAUAUAUGAGUUCAGUUAUCAUCUCGAUAAACGAGAGCUCUCAAAAGGUUUGAUAAAGUAUAAAUCAAAUUUACGAUUUCGCAUAUACGCGUAGAUACACAUAUGUAUAUACAUGUACUUUCAAGAUUAACUAGAGAAAAAUAUGCUCAAGAUUUAACUUCCUUUGUGUAACAAAAAGAUAUCUCCCAUAUUUUCAAACUGCAAUCGAGAGUUGUUUAAAAUAUGUAUAUUUAACAUUUCAACAUUCGAAAAGUAAAAUGCAAAUAAUGUACAAUGUAAGAUAAUUUGCCAUUCCGUGAAACAAAAUUUUCAAAUUUGUUUCAUUUAUUUCUUAACAUAUGCGUAAAUUUUUAUUCGUGAAAAAUGUGUUUUUUGUUCGUUGCAUAAAUACUCUUUGUAUGUCCCGACGAUAAAAUUAAAGGGCAAACGUACGCUGGCGCGUACCGCACGCAUUUUUCGACAAUAACAUUAUCGACGAUCUUCUGAAAUGUAACAACUGUUACGGCCUAUUCGACGCGCUCACAUUCGUAUUUAAAUGCUACGUCUGCUAAAUGAUUGUAGUAUAUUGCGACAUUAAACAUUUCGGUGACGAAUUUACGCGGUUAAUACACAAAACGCGCUAAACGAUUCUAAUUUUAAUGCAAACACGAUUCUUCUGAACUCAUAUAUGUUAUCUUAAGGCUCUGGAAUACUCAGCAAAAAUAUAAAAUUCCUGUGUAUGCAAAAGCAAAUUAGUAUUUAUUAUCCCGACUGCUACAUAAUAAUCGAACAGAUCUUGAAACGAGAAUACUGAGCACAGUCGUGUCAAUAACUUUACAACGGUCGCCGACGAUGUAACCGAUUAAUAUACGAGAAUCAAAAUUUUGCGUGCACAAAAAUGUGGAAUUAAGCCAGUCGAUUUUUGAGAUGUAUUUAGGAAAGUCCUUGAAGCAUAAUAUAUUUUCACAAUGCCGUUUUGAUCGACUAUUGCGACGUUCGUAAUUUUUAUGAAAGUGCGACAACGUAAGGCGUGUGAUGAUCGACGAAAAUUAUAUAGGAAAUGGUAACCAAAUUAUACUUUCAGAAUCGACGAUAAUACACGUGAAAGCAAUGUUUUGUAAUGAUCUAUAGAUAGGUGACAUAUUAUUUUUUGUAUCUCUACAAACUGUUGCACGUUUCGAGAGAGGCAUUUCACUAUUUCACCGAAAAUAAUAUGUACAAAGACAUUUCCAUAAGAAGAAUAUAUAAUAAAAGCGUAUGGUAAUAUGCACAAGUUACUAAAACAUAUGUUUUUUAUAAAACAUAUAUAUAUACUUUAUGCUAUGGAAUAUAUAAUAUUUGGGAGCAUAAGCAUUUCGCGUUUAAUAACUGCAUUGUUAUAAAACAUUGAUCCUAAUAUUAUUUUACUAUGUAAAAUCUUCCAAACGAAAUUGCGUAUUAAUAAGAUUUUGUGUGUCUUUCGGGACCUAUAAAGUUGAUUUCACCGUGACAAGAAUAGUAUUAUUGAUAUUAGAUUAUGGAUAUACUGCGAAUAGAGUGCUGCUAAUAUCUUGCUAAUAAAAUUACAUGCGAUAUUAAAUAAUUUUAAUAUACUUGACAUUUCUUUUUUCCAUAAUAACUUUAUGACGUAAUCCUCUAUUUUUUAAAUUUCAAAUUUUCUAAAAACUCUGUGUAAUAAGAUCCUUCAAACUUAAGAUAAAAUCAAUUUAAAGGUUUCUUCAAAGGUAGGCGGAUUUUAGGAAAAUUGUUCCUGUCCAUCAGACUUGAAUUAUUGUUCGAAAGAGCAAUUCAUAUUAUAUGUUCCAUAUAUCGAUCGUGUCUCUUACCUACAAAUUUUAGUUCUCUAGUCUAGCUUUUACUGUGGGUAUACCAGAGUGUUAAGAAAGUGCAAUUACAUCAUUUAUAUCACAUUUGUAUAUCUAUAGUUUACGUAACGUACGUAUAUAAAAUUCAACAAUUAGUUUAUCGAAACUUUUCCUUAACGUAAGAUAGCAUAUCCACUUCUUAUUAUUGUUAGACCACGGGCAAAUAUUAGUGCCAAUGUGUAAAUGCAUAAGUAGGAUAAGGAACUACCGACAAACUCUCUAUUAAAACGUUUUUUAAUGCAAGGACCACUGUAACAAUUUUGAGAGUGGAUCAAGAUGAAUUUAUUAAAAUAAUUGUUAACUUUUAUCCCGACACGCGUGUUGUAUAUACAAAAUUACUUACUUAAACACUUAAUUAAGGUAACGGAGUAUUGUUAGAAAGAAGAUAUUGUGACCCAGUAGAGUUAUGGAAUUAUGACAAGUGUACUCUCUUUCACCACUAUUUGUUGAGUGUAUUAUAAAUAAAGCUCUAUGUUUUAUUAA